AUGUGGCAUGUACCCAUUGAGUUGCACGAAGCUUCGCUACGCCUUAUGCGCCGCAUUAUGCAUUUUAUAUUGUUGUUGCCGCCACGCCCACUGCGGUAUCUGAAGUUCCUGUAUAUGAUUGUAUUGUUCGUGUAUCUCGGCUUUAUCGUCAACUGGCGAAUUAGCUUUAAUUAUCACGUUGUCUACGAUAUUAAACUUGAUCAGUUUUCGCGAAUUAUCGACGUGUUAAAUUAUUUGGCAUUAAUCACAUGCCACAUCGUGGUGGCAAUGGAGCUGCUCUGGAAGAAUCGCGGCGAGGAGAUUGAGCAACAGCUGGAAAAAAUAAGAUUCUUGCUAAGAGUGCAAUUUGGCUACAAAGUGAAUCUGUUGACCAUUCGUCGCUAUUGCCAGGGUAUCUAUGGAUCGCUGUUCCUGCGCUGUCUAUUACUCAUGGGUAUGACCAUCUAUAACAAUAUGGUCACGGAUGUAUCCCUGCUUUUAUACUACAAUUUCUAUUCGGAAAUGGUUCUCUUGACGCGUAUCAGUGAGUUCAGUUUGUAUUCAGCUCUGAUCCUGGCCUUCUAUCAAGAGUUGCAUGAAGUCAGCUUAAAUCUAUUCCUGGAGCUGGAAAGAACACGCUCUGAGAUCUGGUCAGUUCAACGUGUCUCCUUGGAACGCUUGUCGACCUUGUGGCAACUUCAUGGGUUACUUUGGAACACGAUUCGUUCGAUUGAGUGCAACUUUGAACUGAGUGUGAUUACAGUCACCUUGAAACUUUUUGUGGACAUUUUCGUAUUGCCCUAUUGGAUUUUCAUUAAUUUGCUAAACCAAACGAAUACUUCUGUCGUGCACUAUUGCAUAGCUGAGGAACUCUGCAAGUUUCUGGAAGUGCUUGUUCCCUGCUUAAUCUGGAACCGCUGUGAGCUUGUUCAGCGUCAAAUUCGCUCGAUAUUUCACAGCCUCAACACAGAUCGUAGCGAUGUCCAACUGAACUCAUAUCUAUUGCGCAUUUCGACCCAUCUGGGCCAAGAGAGUUGCCAAUUCAGUGCCGGUGGCUUCUUGGUUAUUAACAACGAAACGCUGGGAAAGUUUAUUUUUGGCAUGGCCAGCUACAUUGUCAUUUGCAUACAAUUUCGAAUGACUCUGUUGGCCAAAAGCCCCACGGAUGCCGUUGAGACUGUCACUGUCACUGUCGCUACCGAUGCUUAG